UGUAGGACUCCCGUCCUGAUCACAGCAAAGCUAAUAAUCCUCGAAGUCAGCGGGCGUGUGUCCCACAUAAACUCAACUCUCUUUCUGUUUCUCUCUCUUUCUCACACAGCCGGGGGGACGAGCAAACCCUUUAAUGAAGAGGAUAACUGCACUUGAUUUGACUUUAUAUGAUUUUGUUUUGUUUUUCGUGCUAUAAUGUUGGGCUAAUGUGAUGAUGGUAACGUGGCUCAUCGACACUGGGGGGCUUUCAGGAACUUUUUCACCUCAGAUUAUCCGUGUCUAAUGCUUUUUUUUUAAAUAACGUUUCAGCAAAGAUAGAUCUUUAUUUACCCAACAGUAGUUUAAGAUUCGUACAGUAGUAAGUAUAUUUUCAAAAUCAUUUACUUUUGUUUUGUUUUGUUUCAGAUGACAGCGAGACGAUUCGCCGGUUAAGCGUUUCGCAGAUUUAUUCUUCAGUCCGUUUACUGUAAACUACAAGAUCUUAAGUUAAAUAAAUGCUACUUAUUGUUAUUUAAGUAGUCGUGCAGGUUGUGAGACAGCUUGGAUAUCUCGUUUUAUUCGUUUGUUUUUGUGUUUAGGUAGGUUAACAUACAUUGCGGAUGAACCGGGGGAUUGCCCUGACCCCGCUCACUGUUUAAUGUUUUGCAUUUCAAAUCGACAAUAUCGACACAAUUUCCUUAUUUCUUUUAAAGCCUGUAAUACUGUGUAUGUGGCAGAUUUAAACCCUUUAAAUCGCUUUAUCUAUCCCUAUCGAGAUUUACGACCCUCCGACCUGCAUUCUUGCGUGUGCACCCACCGCCCCUGAAGUUUCAUUUUUGCUUGUUUGUGAAGUGUUUUCUUAGACGGGAAGUGUCGUUAUUUACUCGGGAUGCGGAAGGGAAACGUGUCGAUCCGCGGGUAAACAUGUCUUUAGAGUGAGUGGGACGGUGAUCAUGUCGUCUGUGGAGGGUGUUUUCUCCUGGGUGGGAGAUUGGCAGUGGCUCUGUAUGGUCACUCUGUUUCUGGCUUCUGUCGUCACUUUGGUUAUAUACCUGGUGCAGUAUUUUUCAAAUGAACCUCCUGUGGGGACAUCUUUAAGUCAUGUGGAUUCUGAUGAGGCUGAUGGGAUUUUAUCUUGGUUGCUGUCACUGAAAAGCUGGAAGUGUCAGUGGAGAAGAGCCUGGGUUAGGAGCCUCAAUGAAGAAGCUGGAAGAUCACAGAAGGGGAUUCAGUUGACCUUUGAAGAUGAUGAUAUCCAGUCAUCAGACCUGGCCGUGGGCCGGAUUUCAAGCUUUACAAAAACACGCGGUCAAAAGAAUGUCCAGUGUCAGGUGUCUGGAAACAAGUUGCAGUUUUCUCUCAGCGCUUCACCGAGCUCAACAUCUUCAGGAACCCCCAUGAGAUACAGCGUGACAAUAUCUCCACUUCAUCUACAGCUGGCCCUACAGAUGAAAGAGGUGAAUGGUGACGUGGAGAUUUCCUGGGGGGUGCACCACCUGGACUCUGUGGAUGUGCAGCUCACACCAAGUUUCACACAGGGAGAUGAUGAGGGUCUAAAUGAAGCCGUGGUGAAGGACAGGCUGAGGCAAGUCUUGAGUUCAACUCGUCCAUCAGUAACUCUGAGUGGCCAUCCUGCGGAGUCUGCAUAUAUCAAGGAAGUAAGGAACAAGACCUCGCAGGUGACCUCACCCCCGAAGCCCCCUCGAGCUCAUGAAUGGAAACUGUUAGUAAAGAACAUCCGGGUCACAUGUAAACAGGAGGAUGGUGCUGCAGGCGGCAUAAAUCCUCAGUGUGUCCUCCAGUUAGAUGAUCCUCCACAAAACUUCACCACCUCAGUCUUGACUGACACAUCCAACCCGGCCUGGGAUCAACCCUUCAUAUUUGAGCUAAGUGGGCGCUCAAAUGAGCUGAACAUCCAGGUCGUCGAUAGCGGCAAACCUCGAGAGAGUGGAUUGUUGGGACAGGUGUCUGUGCCUUUUGAUCUGGUGAAGAAACACCCCAAAGGUCAACAGACCUUUUCACUCAUGACCAAAGAUCAAGUGACUGGCUCACUGACUACUGAGUUCACCUUCCUGGAGCCCAGCGAGGUGCGUUGCUGGCAGCCGCCCACGCCGGCCCCAGCUAAGAAGGUAGAGAUGGAUCGAACUGUGAUGCCCUGCGGCACGGUUGUUACCACUGUCACUGCUGUGAGGAGCAAAUUGGGGCGAGCUUUACCACCCGAAUCAAAAUCUCCCUUAAAAAAUAAGCUGGCGGAGAGAAGGGUGUCAGAGCAGAUGUCUUUACCUCGAACCAAAGUUAGCAAAGCACUGUCGUCUUCGGAUACGGAGUUAUUGAUGUUAAACGGAAGCGACCCUGUUGCUGAAGCUGCCAUCAGACAGCUCCAGGAGUCGGCUAAACAGAAGCUCAAAUCUCCCGUCAAGAAGAGCACCAUUAUCAUCUCCGGAGUCACCAAGGCUCCUAUAACACAAGAUGAGGAGAUGGUCCUGAUGGCAGGAUAUGCUGCUGCAAUGGACGCCUCCAUGUCUGGUGCUUCUGAGGGCACCAGCAGUGAAACAGUACCCUUAGAACCGUCAGCAGAACUCAGCGUUCCCGAACCGUCCGCCAAUGGCACGGACCGGGUGGAGGACUGGGAGAGUCAGGCCGGAGAAGAUCCAGAUGCGGACAAAACAUCUAUUUCCCUCUGUAUGUCAGAAGCGGGAUCCAAAAAAGGAAAAGGCGGCUUUCUGCACAAGAGUGCCAAGCUCUUCUUCAGACGGCGACAUCAGAGGAAGGAGCCGGGCAUGAGUCAGUCCCACAAUGACCUGCAGUAUCUGGAGAACCCGGAGGUGUCCAUGAUGGGCGACAGGGAGAAGAGAACGGCCACGUUCAGACGCAUUAUCAAUCGCAAGCUUCUGCCCAAGAGCAAAAGCAAAGCCAACGGCACCAUGAGAGAACCGCCUACGUGAGCUCAUCUCGAACACGGUAUACAAGCAGACGCAAGUUUAGCGCUGCUUUUACCAAUGUUCUUCUGCUCCUUUACUAACAGCUUACCUCAUUUCCAUAACCAUAUCCUUAACCAUUCAUGCUCAUUUCCACAACUUUAUGCAAUGCGUGAUCUUGUUUCCUGGUAUCUGCCAAAACCCCAGCGUACCAACAAUCAACCUCAUCAACAGAUGUCCAUUGCCUACAACUCGUUCAGAAAAAAAAACAUAGCAGAAUUCCAAUUUCGAUAUUUAGACCCCUCGAUUUGGUUCUUCUAGAUCAACUCUAUGAACUUUUAUUUCUUCAGCUGGCGCUAGAUGUCUCUCCAUCUUAGGAGACCAAGUGAUUUAUCAGACCCUCCUCUGCUUUUCAAUCAAACUUUUGCCCUUUACUUUUUAGACUAACGUUUGUGUGUAUAUGCAAGAGAGUUUACAGAACAGCGUCUGAACGUGCACUGACUGCCAUCUCUCAAAAAGACUCAUUUUACCGUAUGCAAACUGUGAUCAUCAUGCAAAAGAUACUCUGCGCUUGUGGCCUUUUAACCAAAGCUGGACAUGAGGGCAACCCUCCCUCGCCAUCUACCUAAAGGUUCAGCCCUCUGGAAACCCUCUGGUGACUUGGUUUCUGUGUUAGAAGAGAUGAGAAAAUAUCAGUGAUUUGCACUUUAUAAAUGCUUGGAAAUGGUUUAAAAUGCAUUUACGUUGAUGUGCAGUGAAGUUGGGUUAUGGAUAGUAAUCAUUCUCAUGAAUUCUCGUGAAUCAUUCUCACAUGCCUUGCUGUGAAUUAAAUCUGAGAAGUUUAAAAGGAAGAGAUGUAUGUUUAACUGCUUUAGCAACAUUAUUUGAUCUUUGACUCUAGCUAGUCAUCUUUUAUUUUUCAAAAGCAGUAAUGGAUAUAUUUGAGUGUUAGAAAGAUGUUUUCUAACAUAGUAUGAAGUUCAAAACUGUUCUGGGAUGUCUGAUAUGUUCCCUUUAAACCAGAGUUUGAUCCCUGUUCACCUUUUAAUUUAUACAUAUUCUGACAGCAAUAUCAAAAGACAUUAUUUGGUUUGUUUUAUUUGAGAUAUUUCUUUGUUUUAUUCAGUAUACUGUCUGAUUACAAGUAAAACUCUAACUUUUUUUAGCUCAUUCAACAACUGUGCCACACAUUUAAUACUGUGUGUGAAUUUUACCAAAGGAUUGAAAACACUAAGUUAAGGGCGUUUGUGUGAGUGCCAGCCUCUUAGCUUUUCAAUAUGUUCAUGAUUCCGGUUAUUUUCCAAGAUUGGAUUUUACGUUUGCUGUGUUUUGUUAUUGUAUGACCUGAAAUGUUGGCAGUGGAUGCCAAACGCUUUACAUUUUGGACCUCAACCGUUGAGCCUGUGUCGAGAUCAGCAGUGGACUUGUGGUUUGGGAGUUUUAAUAACAAACUCUGCUGGACAUUUACUUGAACUCAAAAUGCGGAUGUAACAUGAAUGCCUGUUCAACCGGAAUGACACAGUAUGGCUGUUCACUCCGUGUCGUGGAAGGACUACUGUUCAGUUUUUUUACUUACAUUUUGUCUGUUCCGUCCAUGUUGAUUUUGUGUUGCCACGCAGAGCCUGAAAGCCAUUAAAAGCAUUCAUUAGGUUGUGUGUCUUGACAGUCAUAAGUGAAACUGAGGUAAAAUGGGAAAAGGCACAUAAAGACUUUAUUUUAAUCCUGCUUUGUUGGCCAUCCAGAGGUUUUAUCCAGCCAUUAAAUGAAAGCUAACAAGCCAAUCCUCUGCAUAAUUACCAUAGUUUAACUGUAUGUGUUGGGUUACAUGUCAUGUUUACUCAGACAAUUAUACACAUUUACCUGCAAUAUUAAUAUGCGUGUUUGACAUGUACAGCAAGAACAUAUUACUGUCUUCUCUGCACUUGUUAAAUAAUUGAAAACCUUGGAGGCCUGUGCAUAAUGAAUGUCAACCCCUAUGCAGGGAUUACAAUGAUUAACAUAUCUUUAUUGAUUUGAGCAAUAAAUAUUGACUGAA